UUAGUGUUACAAGGUCUCAGGUGUUAAUGAGGAGCAGGUGUGUUAAAUUUGGUGUUAUUGCUCUCACUCUCUCAUACUGGUCACUGGAAGUUGAACAUGGCACCUCAUGGCAAAGAACUCUCUGAGGAUCUGAAAAAAUUGUUUUCUCUACAUAAAGAUGGCCUAGGCUAUAAGAAGAUUGUCAAGACCCUGAAACUGAGCUGCAGCAUGGUGACUAAGACCAUACAGUGGUUUAACAGGACAGGUUCCACUCAGAACAGGCCUCGCCAUGGUCAACCAAAGAAGUUGAAUGCACGUGCUCAGCGUCAUAUCCAGAGGUUGCCUUUGGGAAAUAGACGUAUGAGUGCUGCCAGCAUUGCUGCAGAGGUUGAAGGGGUGGGGGGGGGUCAGCCUGUCAGUACUUAGACAGGCCAUACAUUAAGCAAUAUUGUU